ACGAAAGCGGAAGUAUGUCGGAGUGAAUCAUCUCAGCUCUUACAAACCUUCAGCCAGACGUGAACCGGAUGUAGAACCCUCCAGAACCAGGUCACCGGAGAGACCAACAACGUGCACAUGUGUUUAACAGAGUCCCAGAGAACAGAUUAAGAAACAGCCAUCAUGACGUCCCUGGCCCACCAGCUGAAGAGGCUCGCGCUGCCUCAGAGCGACCCCAACCUGCUGACACGCAGAGAGGUCGCCUCGCUGCUCUUCGACCCCAAAGAUGCCGCCACCAUGGACAGAAGCACUUUCUACGCCCUCGGCUGCACGGGGCUGGAGGAGCUGCUGGGAAUCGAACCAGCCUUCCUGGAGUUUCAGAGCACCCUGUUCAGCGGGGCCUCGCUGACCCUGGAGCGGAGCGUCCAGUCCAAGGAGGUCAACGAGAAGCUGGACGCCAGCAUCUCGCUCUUCCUCACCCGCCUGUGCCCGUACUUCCUCCUGAAACCGGCUCACAAGUGCAUCGAGUGGCUCGUUCACCGCUUCCACAUCCAGCUGUACAACACUGACAGUCUGUUGGCCUGCGCGCUGCCGUAUCACGACACCAACGUGUUCGUCAGAGUCCUGCAGCUCCUCAAGAUCGUAGACGCCACCAACCGCUGGAACUGGCUGCACUGCCUGCAGAAACCAGGCGUGCCGUUAUCCAGAGGAGCUCUGAUCACUCACUGCUACACAGACCUGAGCUUCAUGGACUUCAUCUGCACCAUGGUGACCCGGUCCAUCCAGGCGUACUCGGGCCACUCGGGAAGCUGCUCCCAGCUCAGAGUGAUCUUCUCCUUCUACGCCUCUACCAUCGUCCCAGCUCUGGACGCUGUGGACAGAGUGUCCGACACCAUCAUCUCCAAACUGCUGCCGUACGUUCAAAAGGGACUGAAGUCGUCUCUGAUGGACUACAAAGCCGCCACCUACAUGAUCGUGUGCCAGCUGGCGGUGAAGGUGGUGAUGGAGGCGAGUCUGGUGGACACACUCGCCGUGCAAGUCAGCAAGUCUCUGCUCAAAGAGCCUAUAUUGGCCAAGGAGGGCGUGGGCUGCCUCAUCGUGCUGCUGCAGAACCAGAAGGAGGGCGCCGCUGGGCCCAGAGCUUUCAGCCGCCUGAGCUCCAUGCCGGCGCUGGUUUCGACGCUGCAGGUAAUGGCAGCGUCUCAUGAUGUCAGUCCUCUGCUGCGUUACCUGCUGCCUCACCUGAUCCACGCCGUGUUCACCUGCAGCUCAGGUGAGACAGACGAGCUUGCUGUGUUGGAGUCCCUCCUGCAGUCGGUUCCUCUGACCAAAGGCCUGGACCGGACCGUGGCCCGUCUGCUGUUGAACGAGUAUCUGAGUCAGACUGAACUCUCAGCUGAGAACAUGGCCGCCUUCAGCCAGCGUCUGCUGCCUCUGGUCCGACAGUUCGAGUCCAGGUACUGUGGAGCUCUGGACGGCGUCCUCGCUGGUCACGUGACCGACAUCAGCAGCACGGAGCAGAAGCAUCUCUUCCAUCAGUUCCUCUCUCUGUCCAUGAGCAGCGGGAAGUUCCAGAUUAUAGGCGACUCGGACACGUCGCUGCUCCUCAGUCUGAAACACCCGCAGCCUUCGGUCCGAGUCUCAGCCGUAGAGCACCUGAUGGCCGUCAUCACCUCUGGACAGCAGCAGAGUUUAGACGAAACCUUCCUGAAAGACGCCGUCAUGGAGAGACUGAAGGAUGACGUGCCGCAGGUUGUGGCCGCCGCUCUCCGAAUCCUGGAGGUGGUGUUGGAUGUUUUGGACCCAGAGGACACCGUGUCCUGUUUACUGUCCCUGCUGCACAGAGUGGAUCUGUCCGCGGCUGAGCAAUGGCUGCCCGUGCUGACUGAGGCGGUGCGUUUACUGUCCGACCCCCAGCUGGGAAAAGGGGACGCUGAGCUGGUACAGAGGGCGGGCUGGAAGCUGCUGCCCUUCCUGGUGGUCACCGCCGCCCAACCGCGCCUCGCCUCCUGCGUCGCCCGAUCCUCCAUCAUCGGUCAACACCCGCUUACCCUGAACUGGGCUGAAGAGCUGGACGAGGUGCUGAAGAGCAGCUCUGAACCCGAUUUUGUUGGUUUGGCCAACCAGCGUCUCGUCUCCACGCUGACCAAGAACCUGGCAAACAUGGAGCACUUCUCCAGACGGGACGCUCUAGAGAAGUUGGCUCUGUUGGUGGAGCAGCAGCGAGGCUCCGGCCUCAGAGCGAGGGCGUCCUUCCUGGUGCUGACCCGGACUCUGCUGCUCGGCCUGGGAGAGCUGAGUGAGACCCAGCACCUGCUCACCGCCCAGAGGAUCUACAUGCUGCUGGAGCCCCCCCUGCUGGAUGUCAUCAGGGAUGACGGCGCUCAGGAAGCUGAGCGUCUCGUCAGCGUCCCAUCAUCCUUCUCUGAGGCCUUGACUCUGUACCUGCGCAGGUGUGAGCAGCAGCCAGGUGAACGUCUGGACACACACUUCAGCCUCGUCCUCAUGUCGCUGCUCGGAGACUUCAUCUCCUCCCUCAGGUGUCACGACGCCUCCUUCAAAGGUGAGGUGUGGUGGAACCCAGAGAAGCUGGACACAAACACCUGCUGUUACCUGGGCCUCACCUGUCGCCUCUUCAGUGUCAUCAUCAGCGGAGCGGGGGAGGGGCCGGCAGCCGGCAGCUUCAGGGACCUGAUGAAGCUGCUCAUCCAGGUUCACCUCUCGGAGCCGCUGAUGCUCUUCAGGUUCUUGUGCGUGCUGUGGGGGUACAGCAGUAACCAUGGCGACCAGCUGGACGUGAGGGUGGGCGCCGUCCUGCAAACUCAGGCUCUGUACAUGGGCCGAGCUCUGCUGAGCGCCCAAUCAGCCGCCACGCUGGAGCAGCUGGCAGCCGCCGACUCACCUGUGGUCCCUUCGUUGCUCUGCUGUCUCACCUCUCCGGUUCGGGAGGUCCGGAGGGCGGCUCUCGGCGCUCUGCAGAACCUAUCAGAAGCCAAAGCUUCUCCCUUCCAGCCAAUCACAGAGAAGCUCCUGAAGACCCCCGAGGAGAUCAUCGCCGACCCGUCUUACCUGAGCCAGGCUCUCGGCUCUCUUCACGACGACUGUCAGUCUGUCAGAGUGUCGCCGCAGCAGAAGAAGCUGCAGGCGUCGCUGCAGCAGCUGCUGCAGAGCGUUCAGACGCCAUGCUGCCCGUCGUACAGCGCCGCCAGCCUGCUGCGAGCGCUGAGCCACGUCAACGGACAGUCCGUCCUGUCCAGCCUGCUUCCUGUUCUGGAUCGCCUCCUGGAGCAGAGCGGCCCCGACACCCCCGCCCUGCUGCGGGCCGAGGCCCAGCUGAUGCAGCUCGUCCUGGGGAAGUACAACGAGGCGUCGGCCCCCCUGCUGGCUGAGGACCAGAACUGUCUGGAUCUGUUUAUCCGAGCUUUGAGGACCCCGACCCAGCAACACCCCGACAUCUCCAGCUGCCAGAUCUUUGCUCUGGAACAGAUCACGAAGCCGUUCUUCUCGGCCCUCGGAGACGAGAAGGUGCAGCAGAAGCUGCUGUCGGUGAUGUUCGACCUGCUGGUGGAGAGCAGGAGUCCUCUGGUGGCCAACACCGUCAGCAGCGUCUUUAAAGGGAUCGCUGUCGACGGUCAGCUGGUGGCCAAUGAGCUCGCUCCUCCAGAAAAACCCAAAGUGAGCGUGACGGUGCAGCAGAGCCGCCGGAGCAGAAUGACUCUGAGGAAACCUCAGGAGAGCAGCGAUGUGGCUCCAGAAGGAGGCGCUGUGUCGUGGCAGAGAGUCACUCUGAUCCUGGAGCUGCUGCAGCACAAGAAGAAGCUGAAGAGAGCCCAGAUGUUGGUGCCGGUUCUGUUCUCGCUGCUCGCCAGGAGUCUGGAGCCGUGUUCAGGCGACCACAGCAACAUGGAGUACACCAAACAGCUGCUGCUCAGCUGUCUGCUCAACGUCUGCAACAAGCUGUCUCCUGAUGGACGAGCUGUGGCCGCAGAUGUUCUGGAUGAAGAUAAGUUCAGUGUGGAGUUGGUGGUUCAGUGUAUCAGAGCGUCCGACAUGCCGCAGACUCACCACCACGCUCUGCUGCUGCUGGGCACCGCCGCCGCCAUCUUCCCUGAGAAGGUGCUGCACAACAUCAUGCCCAUCUUCACCUUCAUGGGAGCCAACAUCAUGCGCCUGGACGACGCUUACAGCUUCAGAGUCAUCGACAAGACGGUGGAGAUGGUCAUACCUGCUCUGAUCAAGGCCCAUCAGCUGUCCGAUGGCGGCUCUUCAGCUCACGUGGACGCCGUGGUGACGAGGAUCAUCCACGUGUUUGCCGACGCGCUGCCUCACGUGCCCGAUCACCGGCGGCUGCCCGUCCUCGCUCAGCUCGUGACCACGCUGGGCCCCGCCCGCUUCCUCUGGGUCCUAAUGCUCCUCCUGUUCAAGCUGCACGCCACGCAGACCGCCAGCUCUGUGAGCGAAAAGGAUGCCGCUCUGGAGAGAGAUGUGGACUUCUGGAUUUCUCUCUGCUGUCAGUUCGAGGUGAUUGACCAGCUCACUUCCCUCAUCAGCAUCCUGAACUUCCUUCUGCAGCUGCCUGACGACAAAGACGACGCUGCGGCGAAGCGCCCCGUCGGUCGACGAGGAGCGAAGAAGAAGGAGGAGGACGAGGAGAAGAUGGAGGAGCUGAUCUUCAGCGUGGAGGCUCACAGCGGCAAAGAGCUGCGACACUUCAAGUUCCUGUGUGUGUCCUUCAUGGCUCAGCUGCUCGGAUCCACCAGCUUCAUCGGGAAGGUUGCAGACGGUGGUGACGUCAUCGAUGAGUCUCUCCAGCAGCUGCAGCAGAGGCUGCUGGAGGAGAUCCUGCGAUACAUCCACAGUGUCGCUCGCUGUGUGGAGGAGAACGCUGACAAACCCACCGCCAAGUUCUGGAGGGUUCUGCUCAACAAAGCCUACGAUGUUCUCGAUAAGGUGAACUCCUUGUUGCCCACUGAUACCUUCAUCACAGUGAUUAGAGGGCUGAUGGGAAAUCAGCUGCCGUCAGUGCGGAGAAAAGCCAUGGAGCUGCUGAACAACAAGCUGCAGCACAGGACGCAGUGGGAGGAACAGCAGGUCACAGCGCUCUUACAGCUGACCAGCACCCUGCUGAGCAUUGUUGAUAGACGCCGUGGUAAGGUGAUGGCGGAGGAGGAGGCGGAGCAGGCCAUCAACCGACAGACGGCGCUCUACAGCCUCAAGCUGCUGUGCCGCAGUUUUGGCUCCGACCACCAGGAGGCGCUGCUACCCGUCCUGCAGCAGACGGUGGAGAUCAUCACAUCGGCAGAGGAGGAGAAGAACGUGACGGGCAGCGCUCUGCUCUGCAUCGCCGAGGUGGUCAGCACGCUCAAAGCUCUCGCCAUCCCGCAUCUGCCCAGGUUGAUGCCGGCAGUGUUGAACACGCUGACCGACAGGAAGGACCUGUUGACCAAUGAGAUCUAUCUGCUGAGUGCCGUCACCGCCCUCCAGCGUGUAACGGAGACGCUGCCGCAUUUCAUCAGCCCGUACCUGCAGGACAUCACCUUACAGGUGUGUCGGCUGACUCGGCUGGUAGAGUCUUCCUCCUCCUCGUCUUCCUCCUCCACCGCCACCGCCCAGCUGUGCACACGCCUCGCCUCCCUCAGGAGCACCCUCGCCACCGGGCUGCCCCCCAGGGUCCUGCUGCCCACCCUCACCAAGUGCUACAGCAACAUGGUCGUCGACAAGAAGGGCCAGCUGGGGGCGCUGAUGAGCAUCCUGAGGGAACACAUCAGCCACAUGGAGAGAGACCAGCUGAACUUCCACCAAUCAGAGCUCACCUCCUUCUUCCUCACCGCGCUGGACUUCCGUGCUGAACACUGUCAGGGCGAUCUGGAGAAGACGGCGGCGAUCGAGGGCUCUGCGAUCGACUGUCUGCUCGCCAUGGUGAUGAAACUGUCGGAGGUCACGUUCAGACCGCUCUUCUUCAAGCUGUUCGACUGGAGUAAAUCUCACAGUAACGAGCGUCUGCUGACCUUCUACCGACUGUCCGACUGCGUCGCCGAGCGUCUCAAAGGACUCUUCGUCCUGUUCGCAGGAAACCUGGUGAAGCCGUUUGCUGACCUGCUGCGACAGACCAACAUCUCCCAGACAGGCGACUUGUUGUUCGAGUCGUGUCGGUCUGAAGAGAAGAACGCUCUGCUGCUGCAGCUCGUCCUCGACUGUCUGCACAAGAUCUUCCUGUACGACACGCAGAGGUUCCUCAGCAAAGAGCGAGCCGACGCCCUCAUGAGCCCACUGCUCGACCAGCUGGAGAACACUCUGGGUGGGGACCAGCGGUACCAGCAGAGGGUGACCCAGCACCUGGUGCCCUGCGUGGGUCAGUUCUGUGUGGCGCUGGCUGACGACACUCAGUGGAAAACUCUCAACUACCAGAUCCUCCUGAAGACCAGACACACCGAGUCCAAGGUGCGUUUCUCUUCUCUGCUGAUGCUGAUGGAGGUGGCGUCCAAACUGAAGGAGAACUACGUGGUGCUGCUGCCGGAGACCAUCCCCUUCCUGGCUGAACUGAUGGAGGAUGAGUGUGAGGAGGUGGAGCAGCAGGUCCAGAAGGUGGUUCAGGAGAUGGAGAACAUCCUGGGAGAACCGCUGCAGAGCUACUUCUAG